CGACAAAUCUUUUUAUCUGGAGCAGCACUAUAUUAUUAUGUACUGUUGAAGUAAUAGGAAGGAGAGAAAAGGAGUCGUACACUGAAGCUGAAUGCUGGUCAGUGAAACUGUACUAAAAGCCGAAAAGUUGUAGUAAUAGUACAUUGGUAGAAAUAGAAGUAUUAAAUUGCCUCCAAAGGUUUGGACUUUUAAGAGCAAAACUUUCAGGAAGUAAUGGCGUCGAUAUCAGAAGAGGACUACUCCUGCCCUGUGUGCUGUGACAUCUACAAGGAUCCAGUUCUUAUGCUAUGUAGUCACAGUGUGUGUAAGGCCUGUCUACAGCAGUUCUGGAAGACAAAAAGAUCCAGAGAAUGUCCAGUCUGCAGGAGGAAAUCAGCAAUCCACGAGCCACCCCUUAACCUUGCCUUGAGAAACGUGUGUGAGGCGUUUCUGAAAGAGAGAAGUCAGAAGCUUUCAACAGGGUCUGAAAUGCUCUGCAGUCUGCACAGUGAGAAACUCAAGCUCUUCUGUCUGGAGGAUAGACAGCCUGUGUGUCUGGUGUGUCGAGACUCUAAGCUACACAAAAAUCACGAGUUCAGCCCCAUCAAUGAAGCUGCAGCAGACAUGAAGGAGGUACUCAAGAUCAUACUGGAGCCCCUGAGAAGGAAACUGAAGACAUUUGAGAAAGUGAAACUCAUCUGUGGCCAAACACCAGCUCACACUACAACUCAGGUCCAGCAAACAGAGAAGCAGAUCAAGCUGGAGUUUGAGAAGCUUCACCAGUUUCUACGAGAUGAAGAGGCAGCCAGGAUAGCUGCACUGAGGGAGGAAAAGGAGCAGAAGAGUCAGAUGAUGAAGAAAAAUAUUAAGAAGAUAAACAGACAGAUUUCAUCUCUUUCCAACAGACUCAGAGCCAUAGAGGAGGAGAUGGAAGCUGAUGAUGUCACAUUCCUGCAGAACUACAAGAACACAGUGGAAAGAGCCCAGGGCACACAGCAGGAUCCAGAGAAAUUGGUACAAGGAGCUCUGAUCAAUGUGGCAAAGCACCUGGGCAACCUGAAGUUCAGAGUCUGGGAGAAGAUGCAGGAGAUUGUUCAAUACACUCCUGUCACUCUGGAUCCCAACACUGCACACCCACGACUCAAACUGUCUGAGGAUCUGACUAGUGUUAGACGUGGUGAUGAGAUACAGCAGCUUCCUGAUAACCCACAAAGAUUUGAUAAGUAUCACAGUGUGCUGGGCUCUGAUUGCUUUAACAAAGGGACACAAUGCUGGGAUGUGGACGUUGGGGACAGCCCAUGGUGGCAUGUAGGUGUGAUGACAGAGUAUCAGAGACAGAGGAAGGGAGACUACACCUCUGAGUGUGGCCAGUGGUUUGUGUAUUAUAAAGAUGGAGAAUAUGGAGGAAAUGCCCCACCACAUCCCCCCACUCUCAUCCCAGUGCAGCAGAAAAUCCAGAGGAUCAGAGUGCAUCUGGACUGGCACAAACACGAGUUGACAAUCACUGACCCUGAUAGUAAUACUCACCUACUCACUACCUCACCGUUAUUUUUUGAGGGAGUGUUUCCAUACUUUAAUGGAUAUCCUCUAAGGAUUCUGCCAGUGAAGGUGUCAGUAGCAGCAGAGAAACUGAGCUAGAUAGGACAUCACUUCCUGUGGUGGCAGUAAUAAUGAGCUUCCAGGGUUAUGAAACUUUUAAUGAUUUAUAUUCCCUUAUAAGUGGGGUAUGAUAUUCAUGUUGAUGCAUUGAUGUAUUGUGAAUCAUUGUGAAACAUUAUGAAGAAUGAAUCUGAUAUCAGAAACCAUUGGAUAAAUGCAACUCUCUGGUUUAUACGUGUGCAGCAAGGGAAGGAGGGAAGAAAUAUUCAGGAGGAGGCAGAGAGAGAAAGAAAAAACUGCUGUGGUUAGGGGUGGGUGGUAUGGCCAAAAAUGUAUACCUCUGUAUAAUUUUAGCCACGGUAUAUAUCACGGUAUGCCUGUUUUAUAUUUGUGUAAAAUUGAAGCAUUCCGUUGCAAAAUGUCCAAAACACCUUUUUUUUACUUUUACAUUUGCAAUUUUUUUUACAUUUGCAUUUUUUGAAUGUGUGUGAAUUCUUGCCAUUCAAAUGUUUUGAAAACAAAGAAAAACUAUGAAAAAUGCAUUUUGCAAUGCAAUGCAAUGCAAUAGGCUACAACACUGUCAUUUUCACUAAGUCUAGAAGGGGUUGAACUAGGGAAGGGAAGGGAGGGAAUGUUAAACUGAACAUGGAUUUUAUCCAAUAAAUCGUUCAUUGGACCUUUUUUCUAUUUCUGGAGUUGCUGAGGGUAAUUUGGAAAUGUGUGCUUGCAUCUGUGAUUAUGCCAAGCCUAAUGGUUAAGCUGUUAUUGUUAAAGUUUAAAAAAAACGAACUUUCACAUGAGGCAGCUAGCAAUGCAUUGUAGAACUAAUGCAUUUAAAUGGCAGCUAUCACUGCAGCAGCGGUUAGCGUGCUAACGUUAGCGAAAUCGCUAAAUCACAUUUUAAACAGUGAACAGUCAUUUAAAGGACCAGUUCAGUCAAUUUCAAUAUGCUGCUGUACUGCUCAUGCAACCCUUGACUUGUCAGUAACCGGUGAUGCCAUAUUUUUCGUCUCAGGCCUUUCUGAGAUAUGAACUAGGCCUACCGUAUUCUAAUGGGGGCAGCGUUUGUUUACAUUUUUUUUUUUAAUUAACAUAGGCCUACUCCAAAUAUUUUCCCAAAAGGUACCGCUGUUUAAUAGUCGUCUGCUGAUGUUGUGCAACGUUUUGGAUGUUUUUGGGAAUAAAUAAAAAAAAAAUUGAAAUGUAAACAAAGCGUUGCCCCCAUUUACAAUGACCAGGAUCUCAGAAAAGGCUGAAGAAGAAGGAAAAAGAACUCUCAGGUACUGACAAGUCCAGGGUAGUGUGAGC